AUGAGUACCAAACGACUCGCCACGAAGUCUGCACCAGCUGAGUCUGUGGCAAACGACGACGACGACUACCCAGACCCCCCCUGCCCCAAAAAGGUCUCAACAAAGGCAUACAAUCCAUCCAGUUGGAUGGAAACUCAAGCGCGCAAGGCCGAAUUUCCAACACCUGCAGAAGGAGAAAUCAAAGUGGCGACCCUUUUUAAGGGUUUCGAACCAUUGAUAAUCAAUGUAUGCCUUGAUUGUCGUACGUUCAACUCAAAACGUGAUACACAGGAAGUGUCUCCUGGCAUGGUUGAGAUACAAGGAGAAAUCAAAGUGGCGACCCUUUUUAGGGGUUUCGAUUCAUUGAUAAUCAAUGUAUGCCCUGAUUGUCGUACGUUCAACUCAAAACGUGAUACACAGGAAGUGUCUCCUGGCAUGGUUGAGAUACCACUUGCCCUCUGCCUCAUAUGCAGAUCACAUCUGGUACAAUCACGAUCUAGAAAAUUUUAUGACUACGAUGUGGUGUUAUUAAAGAAAAAAAUUGAGGACCAAAAGAAUUGA